CAGAAACAGGGGAAUCAAUCAAGCAACAAAUUAUAUGCUCUGUUUUACGUCUAUGAAAAUGGUGUCCUCCCUCGGGCUUGUUCCUUUGAUGAUCGCGUUAGUGGCUAGUUGGAGCUCUACAGCAGUAGUACACGGCCAGCUGAAAAAUGGGUUCUACUCUUCAUCUUGCCCCAAGGCAGAGGCCAUUGUCAGGUCGGCGGUCGAAUCGGCCUUCAAGGACGAUCCUUCCAUUGCUCCUGGUCUGCUCAGACUUCACUUCCACGAUUGCUUCGUCCAGGGCUGCGACGGUUCGGUGCUGAUUUCGGGCUCUAACGCGGAGAGGAGCGCGCCACAGAACCUCGGAAUACGAGGAUUCGAAGUGAUCGACGCGGCGAAAGCCCAACUGGAAGCGUCCUGCCCCGGCGUCGUCUCCUGUGCUGAUAUUCUUGCUCUGGCUGCUCGGGAUUCCGUAGAUUUGGUAACGAAGAUGUUUGUUUGGAAUUUGUUGAAACAGAGUAAUGGCCCAAGCUGGGCAGUCCCUACGGGAAGAAGAGAUGGGAGAGUCUCUUCUGCUUCCCAGGCAGCGGUUUUACCGUCGCCCCUCGAUUCCAUUGCUGCCCAGAGGCAGAAAUUCGCCGCUAAAGGGCUCGACGAUCACGAUCUCGUCACCUUAGCCGGGGCACAUACAAUCGGGCAAACAGAGUGCAGAUUCAUGAGCUACCGGCUCUACAACUUCACGGCGACGGGGAACGCCGAUCCGACGAUCAGCCAGUCUUUCCUCGCGCAGCUUCAGACGCUCUGCCCCAGAAACGGAAACGGUCUGAAGAAGAUCCCGCUGGACAGGGACAGCCACGGGAACUUCGACACCAGCUUCUUCAAGAACGUGAAGGCAGGGAACGGGGUGCUGGAGUCGGACCAGAGGCUGUGGGACGACGCGAACACGCGGCGGAUCGUGGAGAAUUACGCGGGGACGAUUCGGGGGCUUUUCGGGUUUCGAUUCGAUUUCGAGUUCUCGAAGGCGAUGAUCAAGAUGAGCGGCGUUGAGGUGAAGACUGGGAGGGAUGGCGAGAUUAGGAAAGUCUGUUCUAGGGCUAAUUGAGUUUUCAAACAAUGUCGUGAUUAAAUGUGUGAAAUGGUAUUAGGGUAGGAAGUGUGAUAUGGAUGUAGACAUGUAGUAAACGAAGCAAGGCAUGCUUUCUUCUCAGUCUUUCACGACGCCUAAUUU